CCGCGGGAAGCAGCGGAGGAGCAGGCGCGCUGCGAACCCGAAGGAGGGCACCGUUAAAGCUUUGCCAUCAAUUGUGAGCCCAGUGAGUCCGUCCUAAGCUAACACACUAACUCUACAGCCCUCACGCCCCCAAACCACCGAAGGCCGCGACACCUGAUCCAGCGCACAAACACGGGUCCCUUCUGUCCCCGGAUACAAUUACGCGGCAGAGACACAUUCAAACUCACGCGCAGCAGCCAAGAGCCGAGCUAUGAAGUCUUACACUCCAUAUUUCAUGCUCCUGUGGAGUGCUGUUGGGAUGGCGAAGGCUGCCAAAAUCAUCAUCGUGCCGCCAAUUAUGUUCGAAAGCCAUAUGUACAUUUUCAAGACACUAGCCUCAGCCUUGCACGAGAGAGGCCACCGCACAGUGUUUCUUCUCUCCGAAGGCAGAGACAUCGCGCCAUCUAAUCAUUACAGCCUCCAGCGCUACCCAGGGAUUUUUAACAGUACCACCUCGGAUGCUUUCCUGCAGUCCAAAAUGCGGAAUAUUUUCUCUGGGAGAUUGACAGCAAUCGAACUGUUUGACAUACUGGAUCACUAUACCAAGAACUGUGAUAUGAUGGUUGGCAACCGUGCCUUGAUUCAGGGUUUGAAGAAGGAAAAGUUUGACCUGCUGCUGGUGGACCCUAAUGACAUGUGUGGAUUUGUGAUAGCCCAUCUUUUAGGGGUUAAAUAUGCUGUAUUUUCAACUGGCCUUUGGUAUCCUGCGGAAGUGGGUGCUCCUGCCCCAUUAGCUUACGUCCCAGAGUUUAACUCACUCCUCACAGACCACAUGAACUUGCUGCAAAGGAUGAAAAAUACCGGUGUUUACCUCAUUUCCAGAUUAGGGGUCAGCUUUCUGGUUCUUCCCAAGUAUGAAAGGAUAAUGCAGAAGUACAACCUGCUGCCAGAGAAGUCCAUGUAUGACUUGGUCCAUGGGUCCAGUCUGUGGAUGCUGUGUACAGAUGUGGCACUGGAGUUUCCGAGACCCACUCUGCCUAAUGUUGUGUACGUAGGAGGAAUCCUCACCAAACCGGCCAGCCCACUACCAGAAGAUCUCCAAAGGUGGGUAAAUGGUGCUAAUGAACAUGGCUUUGUCCUGGUAUCUUUCGGAGCUGGUGUCAAGUAUCUGUCAGAAGACAUUGCUAACAAACUGGCUGGAGCUCUGGGGAGAUUGCCCCAAAAAGUGAUUUGGAGGUUUUCUGGAACCAAACCAAAGAAUCUAGGAAACAACACGAAGCUCAUAGAAUGGUUACCACAAAAUGACCUGCUUGGGCAUUCAAAUAUUAAAGCCUUCCUGAGCCAUGGUGGUUUGAAUAGUAUUUUUGAAACUAUGUAUCACGGUGUACCUGUAGUGGGAAUCCCACUCUUUGGAGACCACUAUGAUACUAUGACUCGGGUCCAGGCAAAAGGCAUGGGGAUAUUGCUAGAAUGGAAGACAGUUACUGAAGGAGAGCUAUAUGAAGCACUGGUGAAAGUUAUCAAUAAUCCCAGCUACCGUCAGAGGGCCCAGAAGCUUUCAGAAAUCCACAAGGAUCAACCUGGUCACCCUGUCAAUCGGACUGUAUAUUGGAUAGAUUACAUUCUUCGUCACAACGGAGCCCAUCACCUACGUGCCGCUGUCCAUCAAAUCUCUUUCUGUCAGUAUUUUUUACUGGAUAUUGCCUUUGUGCUUUUGCUUGGUGCUGCCUUGUUCUACUUCUUCUUGUCCUGGGUGACAAAAUUUAUCUACAGAAAAAUCAAAAGUUUGUGGUCUAGAAAUAAGCAUAGCACAGUUAAUGGACAUUACCAUAAUGGAAUCCUCAAUGGCAAGUACAAAAGAAAUGGCCAUAUUAAACAUGAAAAGAAGGUGAAAUGAGCCAACAGCCCACAGGAUAGUAGCAAAUCUGUUCAGUCAUUGGAUUUUUAUCACUAUAAUUUAGUCUAACAACUACUAAAAGUAAAAUGUUGGUAAACAAUUCUAACACUCCCUGAUCUGAUCUUACUAACAAGAUUCUAUGGAAUUAAGACAGCUGUAAAAAGCACAAACCUAAAAUGCAAAAAUGUAUUUUAUUCGAAUACUGAUACAGAGAGUUUUGGCACUGAACCUUUUAGAAGUCUGAAUUACUUAAAUCAAUUAAGUGACCAUGUCAGACCUUAGUUUUGAGUCUUGAUAUGUGUGUGUCCCAGAUGAGGAAUGGUUUCUUUUCUCUUAAAAAGAUUUGUUUGCGUGUAUGUGUGUAUGUAUG